CUCUCUCUUCUCUUCUUCUUCUCCAUUCCGCUUCUUCCCUCUUUUUUUUUUAGCCGCAUCCUUUUCGCUGGCCGAUCCCAAUUCGCCCUUUUGCUGGGCUGGGGGGACAAAUCUGCACGUUUUUGGCGCUGGUCUCUCUUGUCAGCGGCCAUUGUCUACCUAGGAAUCAAGGGCCCUCCGCGCUUCUUUUCUUAGCUGCAGCCGAUUUGCCCACUCAUGCCAGUCCGUUGGCGCUUUUGGCGGUUCUCUUCUUGAAUAAACGCCAGUCGUUUUUAUUCCAUUUUUUCUCCUUCUUUUUCCUGUUUUCAGGUUCGCAGCGUGCAUCUUCAUCGCUGGUUCCGUCCUUCUUUUUUCUUCUUUUGUGUCUUUUGCUGAGGCAGCGCCGUCGCAUCUUCGCAGGCGAGGGACGACGAGUGCUUUUCUUACCGGCAGGACCGUACAAUACGCUCUCUACGACACAAUUGAAUCGUUUGCUUUUUUGUUCAAGAUUGUAUCUCAAUUCGUUCUCUCUUUUUUCGUCUUUUUUAUACGUGUCAUCACUCCAACUUUCGGCAUCACGUGUGGUCAUCAAUCGUAUAACAUCCAAAUACCGACAACAUGGGCUGCCUCACUCACCGCAGCAAAGAGGUCCGGCAAUACACCGACCAGAAAUGGGACUACAUCAACCUCGGCGACUUCAAGGCCAAGGGCUGCGGUCCCAUCUUCGCCUACAUCACCCUCUGGGUCGGCCUCAUCAUCUCGCUCGCCGUCUACGGAGUCGACACCUUCACUGCCGUCCAGCUCCUCGUCUUCAACCGAUGGUCGUCCGAAAUCGACCCGGCCAUUCCCCUUGACAUUUCAAGAUGGAUCUUCUCUGGCUGCAUCAUCCUGUCCUUUAUCAAUCUCGGCUUCGAAUGGAUCCGCGCUGCUCGGAAGAUUAAGAGAGGCAACGUUGCCGAGGUGUACCUGGACAGUCUUGCUGUGCGCUGGGAGUCUAUUCGUCUUGGCUCGGGGCAAGGCUUCAGACGAUUCCUCGUCUUUUCGGAACUCACAAAGAGUAAAAAGGGCGCCGAGUACAUCGCCCUGUUUACAUAUUUCAGCUUUCAAUCCUGGAUCCGCGUCAUCUUCUGCACCAGCCCACGUCAAGUUGUCAAUGCGCUCACCCUACGAUCCGUCUACAUGGCAAAGCUCGCCGUUUCUGAGAGCUCAGUCGAAGGCUCCCUUUCCUCCUUCUUCGACAAGAUCAAGACGCUCGCGCAAUCCGAUUUCCGACAGGCUGCCAUCCUCGGAGGCAUGUGCUUUACUCUGGUCGUCUGGGUCUUUUCAGCCCUAUACCUGAUUUCAGCUACCCUAUUCUACGUCUUUUUCCUCUUUCACUGGAUCCCUCGCGACGAUGGCGGUCUCACCGGCUACUGCGAGCGAAAGGUCAACAACUCCCUGCUCAAGAUUGUCACCAAGACUGUCAACAAGGCGCUUGCCAAGGGCCAGGUCGACAGGAUGAAGGCGGCCAUGAGUGAAAAGGGCGAAGCACACCCAGACGCCUCACUCCCGACCUUGCCAAAUCUCGGCUUCGCAACACCGCAGAGUGUUGGCGUCUCUGCACCUUUGCCGACUUAUACCUCAAGUGCGGGUACCC